GAGGACAAACUGAACGUGUCCACCCCAAGAUGUACAGCUCCUUCAUCCCCAACGGCCGGGCCGAGCAUCACCUCCACAGCCCCGUGCACCAGGGCCUCCCGCUGGGCGACCCUGAGCUCAGCCUGUCCCAGUCUCUGUCACAGGGGGAUGGCGAGCUCUCCGGCCUGCCCACGCCCGACUCCACCCGGAGCUUCCCAUCAAGAACAUGAAGGCGCUGCGACACCAUCAGUACGAGAAGAACCAGAACUGCAACAACGCCAGAGACAAGCCCAGCUGCUCCGCCUCCAGUCUGGGAUUCAUGGCCGUCGUCGGGAACUCCAUAAACCAGCAGAGGAGAGAAAGAUCUCCAAUGAUGAGCGGGCGGCGGCGGUGGGAGGGGGAGGAGUCCCGCAUCACCACCACUCCCAGCAGUCCCUCCCCCAGACGGUGGUGGACGUGUCGGCGCUGGACGAGCUGCUCAAACACAUCCACGAGGUCAGCGCGUCGGGAACCGGCGGCAUCAAGGUCCUGACCUCCACCUCCUCUUCCUCGCUGUUCCCCGGGUCGUCCGGCUCCACCGCAGGGCACCAUCACAGCCACCAUCACCACCACGCACAGACGCGCACGCACCACUACAACCACGGCCAUCACCAUAGCAACCAUCACCAGCAACAGAAUGAGGCCGCGUCCUACCACAGCACCUCCCAGCAAGUGAUUCCAGAACGACCUGGAGGAGGCGGCGGCGUCUCCGUGACGCGCCACCACUCUCAGCGUCACUCCCUCAUCAGGAUGGGCAGCGGGAGUGGCGCCGUGCCCCGCCACCACAGCUUCAACCAGCGAGGGCCGCAGCAUGCUCACUUCCUCGCCAGGAUGAACACUAACAACAGCAGCAACAACAGCGGUGGCCCCACCCCCGCCAACAGCAAGCAGCCGUCGGUGGCCAGCGCCUGCCUCACACGGCAACACAGCUACAGCGAGGGGCCGCACGCCCAGCGGGCAGCCGUCGUCCGGAGAACGGUGUCGCUCAAACCCCAGAUCCCUCCUAAACCGCUCUUCCUGCCAAACACAGCCACGUCACCGGGCGCAGAGGCGGGAAAGUACAACUACUGA